AUGCGUUGGACGCACGAAGAUUUAGAGGUUUCAGUUGCAGCAAAGCAGAAGAGAAUGGGGAACUUGAUGAACAAGGAGCCACCACCGCCUAUGGUGCUUGUCCCUCCUCUCUUCGACUUUCCUCCUCUGGCUGCACGCACCAGGAUGCUGGAGUCAUCUUAUAACGUGCUUUUUGGGAAGCUGGCUUUGAAGUGCCUUUUUGAGGAUUACUUUGAGGAAGCUUCACAUUUCUCCACAAGAAUUAUGCUGAAGCCAAUUGAUGACCCUCACGUCGAUUUCAUUGCAACCCUUUCAGGGCCGCUAGACCAUAAGCCGGACGAGAAAAUUGUGGGAAAUGCAUUGUUUCGCUGGCAAAGUGAUUUGGACGACCCUCAUUCAUUCAUGGACCUCUUUGCAUCAAGUUCUGAUCCCAUCUUGCAAAUGCGCUCUUCUGCUUACUACCCUAAAUAUGGAUUGGGAGCAUUCGGCAUUUUUCCAUUGCUUUUGCGAAAAAGUUCAUUGCCUCAUUCUAUCAACAUGUGGUUGUCCAGAGACGGGGAUCGUACUAUUGGAAAGACAUUAUAUGGUUUUGGCAUCCGUGUAGAAAAUCUCAGAGAAGCCAGUUAUCAAAGAGCUGAUCCAAAUUUCGUAAUGCUGACUCCAAGCAAGGAGCAUCUAGCAGAGGGCAUUCUUUGGAAAAUUGGGAAGCGGCCUAUGCUGCAAUCUGAUGUAAAUGCUGGAAAUUUUGAUGGUUUGCCAAGGGAAUUGAGACCCCUCGGGAAGAUUUUGUAA